UAUAAUAUUGAAUACAAAUGGCUAGAGUGAACGUUCUUCUCUUAUCCUUGAUAUUUGGAGGAAAGCAUUCAGUUUUCAGCAUUAAGUUUUAUGCUAGCUGUGUUUUUUUUUUUUUUCUUUGAAAAAAGGAAUGUCUUUAAGCAGGGCAUGUAUUCUCAUAUUGUUUCCAAAACUUCUAAUUUCUUAUAUCCAGCUGACUGUUAGAAUCAUUCAACUUUCAGCAAUCUUGUAAAUAAUAACCAGAGGGUCUUUACCUUCCAACACAGAGCAGGGACGUGGGGUGGGGGGCACUGAAGAUACUGGAAUGAUAAGACUUGCAUCUGUUUCACACUGCAUAAAUAAACAUCUAUCUCAAAUUCCUUCUUCUCUACCUCCAUUGAAUUCCCAAAGGAAAAUGGGAGGAGGAAAUCACUCCACAGUGACUGAGUUCAUCCUCACUGGGCUAACAGAAAAGCCAGAACUCCAGCUGCUCCUCUUUCUUUUCUUCCUAGGAACCUAUGUGGUCACAGUGGUGGGGAACUUGGGCAUGAUUACACUGAUUGGGCUCAGUUCUCAGCUGCACACCCCCAUGUACUAUUUCCUCAACAGUUUGUCCCUCAUUGAUCUCUGCUACUCCACUGUCAUUAUACCCAAAAUGCUGGUGAACUUUGUGACAGAGAAGAACACCAUCUCCUACCCUGAAUGCAUGACUCAGCUCUACUUCUUCAUUUUUUUUAUUAUAUCAGAAGGCCAUAUGCUGGCUGUGAUGGCAUAUGACCGCUAUGUUGCUAUCUGUAAGCCAUUGCUUUGCAAUGUCAUCAUGUCUUAUCAGGCCUGCUCCUGGUUGGUAGUUGAGGUAUGUGUGAUGGGCUUGAUUGGUGCCACAGCUCACACAGGUUGCAUGCUAAGAGUGGUUUUCUGCAAGGCUAAAAUAAUUAACCAUUACUUCUGUGAUGUUUUUCCACUAUUGGAGCUCUCUUGCACCAGCACUUAUAUCAAUGAAGUAGUAGUUUUGUGCCUCAGUUUAUUUAAUAUUCUUGCACCAACCUUGACCAUCCUUGGCUGCUAUGUCUCCAUUAUUGCCAGCAUCCUGCAAAUCCAUUCCACUGAGGGCAGAUCCAAAGCCUUCAGAACAUGCAGCUCCCACAUCACUGCUGUUACAAUCUUCUGUGGUUCUGCAGCAUUCAUGUACCUGCAGCCAUCAAAUGUCAGCUCCAUGGACCAAGGCAAAGUUUCAUCUCUGUUUUACACCAUUAUUGUGCCAAUGCUGAACCCUCUUAUCUACAGCCUGAGGAAUAAGGACGUCAAAGUUGCUCUCAAUAAAAUCAUUGAGAAAAGACUAUUCUGCAUUAGCAAAUAUUUCUAA